GAUGAAAAGAUGGCAAGUCCGGCGUCAGUCGAGGUGGACGUAGUUGUUGUAGGGGCAGGGUUGUCAGGGCUUAGUGCAGCGUAUGAACUGACAAAAAGAGACCCCAGUCUUCGCGUUGCUGUGCUGGAAGCAAAAGAUAGAGUUGGUGGUCGCACUUUAACAACAACAUUAAAAGCAGCAGGAGGAGAAGAUGUAUGGGAUCUUGGUGGACAGUGGGUAGGAAGCUCUCAGACACACAUAAUGGCACUGAUACAAGAGCUGGGUCUUGAGGUGUAUAGUCAGUACGACAAAGGAAAGAAGUACAUGAAGUUGGGAGACAACAAAAUUAGGACAUUCACAAGCAUUCCAGCUCUACCCUUUUGGGUAUUAAUAGAUCUUUACUUUUUGAUGAGAAAGAUAGAUAGUAUGAGCUCUCAAGUUCCAAUUGAAGACCCAUAUCAGUGUCAAUAUGCAGAAAAAUGGGACAGUAUAACUGUGGAAGAAUUUAUGCAGCAGCAAUGUUGGACAGCAGGUGCUAAAGAAGCUGCAGAUUGUUUAUUUCUUAUACUGGGUGGUGCUGACUGCUCUCAGAUGUCUCUGUUGUUUCUUCUUGCCCAAACCAACGCUGCUGGAGGAACUGGAGCUGUCUUCGAUUCUUCUCAAAGUGGACAGGAAUUCAAAGUUAAGGGAGGAACUCAACAAAUUUCCAGUUUGUUAGCUGAAAAAAUUGGGAAACAAAACAUUUUCCUGAAUCACCCUGUUAUGACAGUUACCCAGGAUGACACACAAGUACAUAUAACCACAACUAAGGGGGAUGUUUUCAAGUGCUCCAGAGCAAUUUUUACAACAAUGCCUCAACAAACAGCCUCUAUGCAGUUCAAUCCAUGUUUGCCUGCUGAAAAAUUGGAACUGUUUAAGAGAAUGCCAGCUGGAUAUAUUGUGAAGUUCAUAAUUACUUAUCAAACUGCAUUUUGGCGUGAUGAAGGAUUCUCUGGGGAAAUAGUCAGUAGUGGCAAAACUGACCUCCUCUUGGGAGUGCUUGAUGCAACUUCACCAAAUGGGAACCCAGCUCUGGUUGGUUUUGUAGCAGCAAAACAUGCAGUGAAGUGGAGUUCUCAAGAAGCAUCAAAGAGGAAGGCUGCAGUGCUGUCUGCCAUUGCAGAGUUCUUAGGUCCCCAAGCUGAGGAAUGCCUGGACUAUGUAGAGAAGAACUGGGGAGAGGAGCCUUACACUUUGGGUGGACCUGGGUGUAUAGGGGGCACUGGAUGCAUGGCCUACUAUGCUGCUGGACUAAGGAAACCAUUUAAAAGAAUCCACUUUGGAGGGACAGAGUCAGCCACAGCUUGGUGUUCUUAUUUGAGCGGUGCUGUGCAAGCAGGAAUUAGAACUGCCAUUGAGGUUCUCCAUCACCUGAGGCCCCAAACAGUAACCCAAGAAGAACUAAAACAGACUGCAUACUGUCCAGAUUCUGCACAGAAGAAAAAUGAUUAAACAUUGAUGGUGCUUACUUGUACAGCAUAAGUCCAGUAAUUACUCGAUCUUUUGAAUGGGCAAAAAUUAUCAAACUUUCAGAUACAUAAUUUUAUAAUCAUAAAAAUUAUAUUUCUUUAUUGCAUUUGUUGCUUUUUCUGAAUAGAAUAGAACUAUAGACUAGCUUGCCUUUUAAUUUCAUUGCUAACCCUCGAUAUGAAUCCUCUAAUUGAUAUAAAAUUCACAAUUUUCCCCCAUUAAAAAGAUCGAGUAAUUACUGUAAUUUACAUUUAUAUAAUUAGUUGCUGAGAACUUUUGAUAAAAAAGGGCGAAAAGUCAGCGGAGGGAGGUGGUGGUGGAUCUUGAAAACCCCUGAAUCUGCCAGUGACUAGUAUAGUGUACAACAGACCUGUAUCAUAUGUGAUAUUGUAGACUCAUUGUUUGAAAGCAAUAGGUUUUCAAAGGAAAUGUCUGUGAAUUUAUAAUGACUGUGGUGAUAAUAUAAAUAACCUGUAUUGGUGUAAUGGUAAACUAGUAGGUAUCCCACCUCAGUUUCUCUCUGUGAUACUAAGGUUCCAGUAACACUUAUGGAGUUUGUUAUAACGUUAAUGUUGCAAUAGUAAGAAAUUUAUGUGAUUCACGAGUAGUUAUUGCAAUAGUAAGAAAUUUAUGUGAUUCAUGAGUAGUUAAUGCUACGCGUUGCAUUCUUUUUAUUAGAAUGAGAGGUUUCAUUUGGUGAACUUUUACACAUAAGUACAGAUGUAUUUUUUAACUUUUAAAGGAGCUCAUUUAUGCAGUUUUGCACAAUGUCAAUUGAAGCUUAUCAUUGGUAAAGAAUAUUUAAGAACAUAAUACCUAUGAAAGUUUUUUUUUUAAUUUUGCUUUUUAUAUAUGUAUAUAUUUGGAUAAAGGAUGUCAAUCAGA